UGAAAGAGAAGAGCUACGCUCGCAGCCUAUUUUCUCUCUCUCUCUCUCUCUCUCUCUCUCUCUCUCUCUCUAUCUCGAAAAAACACAGGCAAGCUCUUCUUCGUCGGAGCAAAGACGAUUUUUCUGAUCUUCUGCUAGGGUUUCUCUCUCUCUAAGAGACGGCGAAGAGGAGAAUCUUGAGAGAGAAAGCUGCUCUGGCGAUACAUCGUUAUAUGCGUGAGAGAAGCUUCGUUCAUCGGCGAAAAUGGCGACGGCACCGGUCAAGUCUCCGCUCCACAACUUCCCUCUGCCGUUCCUGAAAUGGGGAGGAGGCAAGAACCACGCGAGCGGGAGCCACCGCUGCCGCCGGACAAUCUCCGCCGACAGCUCGCCCGUCGCGGACCACUGCGACGCGGCCGAGCAGGAGCGGAACGAGUCGUCGGAGGCGGAACCAAACCGCUUUCACCGAGUCGGAUCCCGGACUGUCCGCAACCGAUUCGCUGCGCCGUUCGCGUCGUGCUCUUUGGUCUCGGAGAAGAAAGAGAGCGAUGAGGUCGCUGCCGGGGAGGGAAAGGAAGGCGAUGAUCGGGAAGUGGAGGCAGCGGCGGGGGAGGAGGAGAUGAUGGUGCAGAAGCCGUGGAAUUUGAGGCCGAGGAAGGCGCUGUUCUCGAAGGCGGCUACGAAUGGUGCGAAGAGUGGGGAAUUGCCGGAACAGGAGAACGCGGUCGCCGGCGGCGGUCAUCAGAGUGAGAAUCUGAACCAGCAGCCGCCGAAAUCGAUGAGGCUGCGAGGGUUAUCGGAGUCGCAGCAGAGCUCGGAGAAGGAGAAGAGGAAGUUCUGGAUCGCUCUCUCGAGGGAGGAGAUUGAGGAGGACAUCUUCGUCAUGACUGGGUCCAGGCCCGCUCGGAGGCCCAGGAAGCGGCCCAAGAACGUUCAGAAACAGCUCGACGCCGUUUUUCCUGGAUUGUGGUUGGUGGGGAUUACAGCCGAUGCUUACCGGAUCGUUGAUGCUCCGGCUAAGAGGUAGAUGAGAUUUUACUCAAUUGUGACUCUUGAAGCUUUGUAAAGGGUGUGAAUGAUCAUGUGUUGCACCUGUGGCAUUGAGACCUCAAGUGAGGUAUAAUGCGCUGAAUUUUUGUAAAAAGAGGAUAUGAUGUUACGUAUAGAAGGGAGAAAAAAAUAUGUUAGAAGGAAAUAAAACAUGAUUUCCUCCUUGUUUUUAUUGUGCCUUCUUUUACAAAUUUUUGUAUUGCAUUUGCGCAUAUGGGGUAUGAUGUUCAUGGGCAGAAGAGCUCUUUAGUCGUUGUUUAUUAUUAAGUAGUUUUUAAGAUGUAAACAGGAAUGAAUAUAGAUGAAUGGUAUAGCGUGAAGUUUUCAAACAUUCUAUUUUGUU